GUAGUGUCUCAUUCGGGUCGUGGAAGAAACUGAAGAUACCUCGCUGUGCUACUUCUCUACUAUAUAGUAUGUGAAAACAGGGCGCAGUGCUGCGUGGCGUAGUGUUUGACGUACUAGUUAGUGUGGCAGUAUGUGGUUUCCUAUAUAGCCUCAUCUGUGGUUCGGACCAAAAGCUUUCGUGGGACUAAAACCGGAAACCAAACUUUUUUUUUUCUUUUUUUUUCACCUCCAACUUGUUUGGUUGCUGAGUCGAAAAGAGGAAAACACAGCGAUGAGCAGAAGCACCGCAGCACCGUUACGAUGCCCAGUUCCUUCUUUUUCAGCUUCGCAUCAUGUCGGCUGUGAGAAAGUUGUCUGCAGAAAGAAGUGAAAUAUCCACAUUUGGCCUGAGAUAAAGUGGCCGUCAGAGUGUUUUCUCUCUCUUUCUUUCUCUCUCUCUAUCUCUCUCUCUCCUUCACAUAACGGACUCUUAAGUGAUUUAUCAUGGGAGAUGAUGUUAAAGAUGAGCCAGCCAAGCCUAAAGAAACAACGUUCAAAGGCAAAGCAGGCUGGUUGAAGAAGUGCUCGGGGAAGUUCCUGGGCAGCUACAAGGACCGCUACAUUCAGCUGGACAAAACUGAGAUUGCAGUGUAUGAAAAUGAGGACUUAAAGAACUGCCUGGAGCAUCUGGACUUGGAAAACUAUGACAAAUGCCAUGAGUUACGCAGCCCUUUCAAGAAGAAAUACAGGCUGAUACUGAUACGAACGCCCAAGAGUACGAGUAAGGUGUGUGACAUCAAACUGCAGGCUCAAAAUCAGGAGGAGAAAGAAGCUUGGAUCAAGGCCCUCAGUGAUGGCAUUAACAGAGCAAAGAAUAAAAUCUUUGAUGAGGUAAAAGUAGAUGAAAGCUUAUCUUUAGAUCAUGUAACUCGUUCUCGGCCAAAAGGAAACCGUGGUAGAAGACCACCAACCAGGAUACACAUGAAGGAGACUGCAAACAUUUCAUCAGAUGGAAUCUUAAGACUGGACCUUGACAUUAGUGACAAUAUGCCUAAUGGUGCUCACAUCGUAAUGGAUGGUACUGAUGGAGAAGCCAAAGUGGCUCAGACCACAUUUUUGGAUGCCAUUACAGAGGAAGAUGCAAGUAAAGAUACAACACCUAUAAAGAAAGUAUUGAAGCCUCCAAUGCCUCCAUCUAAGGAGAACAAACGAAGUGAAAGUGAGGACAGCGAAAGCAAACAUGAAGAACCUGCCCCACAGAAGAAGGUUCUCAUGCCUCCAAUGCCUCCAUCAAAGGAGUACAAACGAAGUGAAAGUGAGGACAGCGAAAGCAAACAUGAAGAACCUGCCUCACAGAAGAAGGUUCUCAUGCCACCGAUGCCACCAUCAAAGGACCAGAAACCAUCUGAAAAUAGAGAAGAGGAGAAGGGAAAUGAUAGGGAGAAAGUUGUGAAGCCACCCAUGCCACCCUCAAAGGAGAAUAAACCCAGAAUAAGUGCCAGUGAAGAUGCAGCCUCAGAGAAUGUCGAUUCUGAAGCAGAAACCAAUCCUGGCAAGUCAAGUCCAGUUCAAAGUGAGGCAGAUGGUCCUGAAACUGUCCAUCUUCCCAGUUUACCGUCUAAAGACAUCAAACCCAAAGAUGCACUCAACUUAAAUGAUAAAGAAAUUCUUUCAGAAGAUGAGGGUUUUACUAGUAAGGAAAAUGAGGAAGAUGAAUUUGGAAAUUCCGAAGUCCAACCAUUCACAAUCUCAAAUAAUGUCCCCAAGCCCCAGGGAGUGAUGUGGGAUUCACCUUCUACAGCAGUGGAGAAAAGUUCAGUUGACCAAAAUGCUAAUAAAUCUGCUCAAAGUGUAGUAACUAAUAAACUAAUAAUGCUCGAACCUGCAAAACCUGCCACUGAACUCAAACUAACUCCACAUUCAACACCAGAGACUGUUAAAAAGAGUGCUGCUCCCCCUGCUCCACCAAAAAAGAAACCACUUAAACCAUCUGUCAAAACGGAGAACCAAGCUGUCCAGAAUAACACUGUGGAAUCAACUACUGUGUCACUGCCUGUUACUGUGUCAUCCUCCGCUGAAGACGUGCCAUCAGAUGAAACAAAACCUGCCGCUCAAGAACAAAAAGAAGAGCGCAAGGUUGUUAUCCUGAGUCUCAGUAAUUCAGGAGCAAGUGAAGACCUAGACAACGCAUCUGGAGUGGAUGCGGAAGUAAAGUCUAUAGACAGCGGUCAGCUCUCUGCCGAAGACUCUGAAAUUAGUGAGCAAAUAACGCCAUCCUCAGAUAAGCUGCAUAGUAGUCUGGAAGUCUUAGAUGGUGUGACCAGCGAGGAGGAACUGGAGAUGUCGGACAGCAAGGUCCAGGAAAUUGAUGAUCCACUUCCAAACAACCUUACUGUUAAACUCGAAGCAACUAUGAAUGACCCCAUCCCAGUUACUGCGGAAAGUAAAUGCACCCCUCCGAUCUCUAGCCCUGCUGCGUCGCUGAACUCCUCCUUGAAGAAAAAGUCGGCAUCCACAGGCGAUCUUCUAGAGGAGAUGACUGGCUUGCAAAGUAAAGUGUCCAUGGAGCUUGGGGAGACAGAAGAGCUGCUGGGUAAAAUAGCACCCAGAGGGAGCCCUGAAGAUGGACAAGACAGUGAGGGGGUAGCAGACCCAGAGCUCCUUCUUGCUACAGCAAUGGAGAAACUUAAGAAAGCUGAUCAGUUCUUGAGAGAAGCAAAGAGCUAUAAAGAGCAGGAGACCAAGAGCAAUAGAACAAGCUGGUAAUUGCAGAAAAGAGCUGUUUCAGGGUAGCGUUGUGUUAAUGGAAUCACGAAACGUACAAAUGAUCAAGUGCAAUUAUUUCCCCAUUACUUUUUUUAGACAAGAAUAUAGGUAAAGGAUCUGUCUAAAACUGUUUCAUAACCAGGUACAAUGGAUUAAACUAGGGAUCCAAUACUGAGUAUUGUUAUUAAGCCAACAUUGCACAAAAAUGCUGGAUAAACUACUCCAUGAACUAAAAGUUUAAACUUGAUUUAUGAGCCCAGUCGAUGUAUUUGAUGAGAGGUGACUGCUUCUUAGAGGGUCUCAUCAUGUAUUCUUGCUUCCAAAAUUGUAUUCUUUGAUGUUUUAUGCACUGGGUUAAAAUGUUUAUCCUCAUGUCAGUUGGACAGUUUUGCGUUAAAAGAUUUUAUCACUGAUAUCCAAAUAGCACUUAAAAUUAUAAGUGGUCAUUUAACAGAACCAAUGCACCUAAACAUCCCUACUGUUUUACAAGAUGUACUACAGUCCAACUCUUAUCCACCUGGAUGCAUGUUGCUUUAGCGUUCCACACAGUAGAACAAAAGCAGAGACACACAAUCAUGAAAGCAGUGUCAAGUUACAGCGUCUGACGCUAAAAAUAGCGCAGUGGCCUUGUUCGGGUUUAAUGAUAAAAUACACGAGAACUAGCAACUCCGUGUGAUAUAAAAUUACUUUUAUUCAUUUCAGUUUCAUGAAUACAUCUAUUUUCAUACUGACAGUGAGAAUGCAGUUUGAAUUUCUCUGCUUAUUUGCAAUUUGAUUCGAAUAUCUACCAUGUUAUGCUAACUUUCCAUAUUCACUAUCCAUGUUCAAAUGUUCUUUUUUAAAGCGUCAUGAAUUUUUUUUAUCAUCAGUGUUUUUGUUUGUUAUCUCGAAAAAUGCAGUAUAUGAUCCAGCUACUCAGUAAUAAUAGAGUUAACCCCCUUUUUUGUAUGAAGGUCAGAUAUUUCAAUACUUGUUUUUAUUCGACACAAAUAUUAGGCAUGUGAAUUGAUCAUGUGAUACAGGUUAUAGCCCUACAUUUAUAAUGUAGCUAUAAACUAUUUAACAGAACAUUACUGAAACAUGAUUCACACAACCUAAAAUACUUGUUUGUGCGCAUCCAGCAUUUAUAGCAAUAUAUUAGCUAAUUUCAUAUGGAGGAUUUCCUUUUGUAAAUAACAUGUCUACCAAUGAAUUGCUUAAUAUUUAAGUUAUUAAUAUUUCUGGCAUACCCGUUCCUGUUCUUAAAUGAAGAAAAAAAAACUAAUAUCAAUUUUACUCAGAGAUCCCAGUAUAGUGAACUGAUAAAUUAUGUUUACCAUUAAAACUGUAAGAAGAUCUAUGAUUAUAUAUUGUAAUAUAUUACUUGUCAGUGACUGCACUUGCUAACUGAACUAACAAGUUUUCUUAAUGUCUUAUGUUUAAUGUGCAAAAAAAUAAUAAUAACACACUGCUUGCUAAGCAUGUCUUACUGUAAUAAAAGUGUCUUCCCUA